AUGGACGUUGCCUUCACAGAAGCCAGCAGCAGCUCCCAUGGAGGCACCGACUGGCGGGAUUUUACCCUUGUCACCUGCACAGAAACGGUGACUUUCACUGAAGUGGUGGAGGAAGAGGAGUGGGGAUCCUUUUAUUAUUCCUUUAAGACUGAGCAGCUGGUGACACUUUGGAUUCUCUUUAUUGUCACAAUUGCUGGAAAUGCCAUCGUGCUGUUCUCCACCUGGAAGAGGAAGCGGAAAUCUCGAAUGACCUUCUUUGUCACACAGCUGGCAAUCACAGAAAGGCAGGCGAAAGUUCUUAUUGGAGUGGCCUGGAGCCUCUCCUUCCUGUUUUCGAUACCGACUCUGAUUAUUUUUGGGAAACGGCAGCUCUCCAAUGGCGAAGUGCAGUGCUGGGCGCUCUGGCCUGAUGACUCCUACUGGAUCCCCUACAUGACAGUGGUCGCCUUCCUGGUGUACUUCAUUCCCCUCAUCAUUAUCAGGAGAAAAACAUUGGAGGAACAAAACCUCGGUGGCUACCUGACUUCUUGA